AAACUGAUUCUCCUGCAUCUUCAUCAUGGCUGAUUCACAAGCAUCCAGAGAUGGAGAUUUUCCUCCAGGAUACAGUUCAGUCCAGCAGAAGAGCUCAAACCCAGAGUCCAGCUGUGUGUCUAUGAAGAGUAACUGCUCUAUGAAGCCGCCACUAAAGUUUGAGAGUGGAGACACACAGUCUGAUCUUAGUUCAGUCCAGCAGAAGAGCUCAAACCCAGAGUCCAGCUGUGUGUCUAUGAAGAGUAACUGCUCUAUGAAGCCGCCACUAAAGUUUGAGAGUGGAGACCCACAGCCUGAUCUCAGUUCAGUCCAGCAGAAGAGCUCAAACCCAGAGUCCAGCUGUGUGUCUAUGAAGAGUAACUGCUCUAUGAAGCCGCCACUAAAGUUUAAGAGUGGAGACCCACAGCCUGAUCUCAGCCAUGACUCUAAACAAGUUCUCAACACAUUGAGAUCAAAUCUGAGACAGAAGUUUGAGUGUGUGUGUGAGGGAAUAUCAAAGCAGGGAAACCCAACACUCCUGAAUGAGAUCUACACAGAGCUCUACAUCACAGAGAGUGGAAGUGGAGAGAUCAAUAAUGAGCAUGAGGUGAGACAGAUUGAGACACAGUCCAGGAGAGCAGAAACAGCGGACACACCGAUCAAAUGCAGUGACAUCUUUACACCUUUACCUGGACAAGACAAACCCAUCAGAACUGUGCUGACAAAGGGAGUCGCUGGCAUUGGAAAAACAGUCUCUGUGCAGAAGUUCAUCCUGGACUGGGCUGAAGGGAAAGAGAAUCAGGACGUCCAGCUCAUAUUCCCACUCGCUUUCAGAGAGCUCAACUUGAUGAAGGACAAAACACUCAGUCUUUCAGAUCUUCUUCAUCGCUUCUUCCCUGAAAGCAGAGAAAUGGCCAUAUCCAGUGAUGAGUAUAAAGUGCUGUUCAUCUUUGAUGGUCUGGAUGAGUGUCGUCUGUGUCUGGAUUUUCAGAGCGAUGUGAGGUUGUGUGAUGUGACUGAAUCAGCCUCAAUGGACGAGCUGCUGACGAACCUCAUUGUGGGGAAUCUGCUUCCCUCGUCUCUCAUCUGGAUCACCUCCAGACCAGCAGCAGCGGAUCUCGUCCCCUCUGAGUGUGUCCAUCGAGUGACAGAGGUACGAGGCUUCAGUGACACACAGAAGCAGGAAUACUUCAGGAAGAGAAUCAGUGAUAAGAGUCUGGCCCGCAGGAUCAUCUCACACCUGAAGUCCUCAAGGAGCCUCUUUAUUAUGUGCCACAUCCCAGUGUUCUGCUGGAUCUCAGCCACUGUUCUAGAGAAGAUGUGGAGUGAAGCAGAGAGAGGAGAGAUUCCCAAGACUUUCACUCAAAUGUACACACACUUCCUGCUCAUUCAGACCAACAUCAAACAUGAGAAGGACUAUGAGAAGAAAGUGAAAGAUGAAGACAUGAUUGUCAAACUGGGGGAACUGGCGUAUCGGCAGCUUGAGAAAGGCAACCUGAUCUUCUAUGAGGAAGACCUGAGCGAGUGUGGCAUUGAUGUGGCAGAAGCAUCAGUUUACUCAGGAUUGUGCACUCAGAUCUUCAGAGAGGAGUUGGGCUUGUGUCAGGGGAAAGUCUUCAGCUUUGUUCAUCUGAGCAUUCAGGAACAUCUAGCAGCUCUAUAUGUGCAUCUCUCCUUUAUCAACAAUAACAUCAAUGUGUUUGACCAGAUUACCAAAUCAACUAAUGGAGGCACAGUGUCCCUAUCUGAUCUCCAUCAGAGAGCUGUGGAUGAGGCUUUACACAGUAGAAAUGGGCAUCUGGACCUUUUCCUUCGUUUCCUUCUGGGUCUGUCAGUGAAGUCUAAUCAGAGUCUCUUACAAGAACUAAAGACACAGACAGCAAACAGCUCUCACAACAAUGAGGAAACAGUUGACUAUAUUAAAGAGAAGAUCAGUGAGAGUCCCUCUCCAGAAAAAUACAUCAAUCUGUUUCACUGUCUGAAUGAACUGGGUGAUCUUUCUCUAGUGAACGAAGCUAAACCUCAUACGAGCAUGUGGUGUGGAGGAGUAUGUGAUGUGAAACUCUCCUCGUCUCAGUGGUCAGCUUUAGUGUUUGUGUUGUUGUCCUCAGAGAAGACACUGAAGGAGUUUGACCUGAACAGAUUUAUGGGAUACAUAUUUCAUCGUGGCAAUAAAAACUCAGCAGAUGAAGUUCUUAAGAAGCUGAUGCCGGUGGUUACAGCAACUAGAUACGCUCGGUUGUAUGAUUGUGGAAUCACAGAUGAAAGUUGUGUUGCUCUGGCUUCAGCUCUGAGAUCAAACCCCUCACACCUGAGAUCUCUGGAUCUGUCUGACAAUAAACUAGGAGACUCAGGAGUGAAGCUGUUCUCUGCUGUACUGGAGGAUCCUCACUGUAAACUGGAGAGACUGUGGUUGAGUGAUUGUGGAUUCACAGAUGAAGGUUGUGUUGCUCUGGCUUCAGCUCUGAGAUCAAACCCCUCACACCUGAGAUCUCUGGAUCUGUCUACGAAUAAACCAGGAGACUCAGGAGUGAAGCUGUUCUCUGCUGUACUGGAGGAUCCUCACUGUAAACUGGAGAGACUGUGGUUGAGGGAUUGUGGAGUCACAGAUGAAGGUUGUGUUGCUCUGGCUUCAGCUCUGAGAUCAAACCCCUCACACCUGAGAUCUCUGGAUCUGUCUAAGAAUAAACCAGGAGACUCAGGAGUGAAGCUGUUCUCUGCUGUACUGGAGGAUCCUCACUGUAAACUGGAGAUACUGUGGUUGAGUGAUUGUGGAGUCACAGAUGAAGGUUGUGUUGCUCUGGCUUCAGCUCUGAGAUCAAACCCCUCACACCUGAGACAUCUGGAUCUGUCUGACAAUAAACUAGGAGACUCAGGAGUGAAGCUGUUCUCUGCUGUACGGGAGGAUCCUCACUGCAAACUGGAGACACUGACGUAA